UUUUACUUUAUAUGUCAGACGUUUGAUACCGCUAGUAUGUUGGACAUUUAAAUGAUAUAGAACGCUAUAGAAAAACCCGAGAAGAAAUUGACAGAAAAUUAGUUACGUGAUUGGUUAGCUACUUAGCUCGCAUAUAUGCAAUUCAAUUUUACACGCUAAAAUUGGGAGAGUUGCACUACUGUAUAUACUGUAGUUGUACACUGUAUUACACAGUGUCGCCUAUGUACAUCGCUGGAAAGCUCCCCUCUUUUUUUAUGGAAAUUGUGUAAUCGUGUUACUAAUCCAUGGAAACUAAAAUUAUUUUGUUUAAAGGAUUUUGUUGGUACUAACAUUAUCUCCUUCAUUUUUUGGGAAAUUGUCGUCUAACCUGAUUUUGAUCCAAUUCUUAUUGGUUGAGACUGCGCAUACGUGAUGUUGUUAUCUUUCUUUUUACAUCAUGAUGCGGUCCAUACGUGUAAUGGAACGCACAUAUAGUCAAAUUCGUGGCCUGAUCGGCAUCGACUGGUAAUCUCGGCUAUUUGCAGGAACAAGAAGAAGAGUAUAGGCAAAGUAUCGAGCUAUAUUGAUUAUCAUUCGUGGAAUAUAUUGCAAGGUUAUUUAUAGUACGCGACAAUUACUUGACAAUGAAUAUUAUAUCUAAUCGUUUCACAUCCUGUAUCAGGCCGCUUAUGCUUACAAAAAACGUGUCGAUAAGUUGCUGCAGGCAGAAAGAUGAUUUUCAAGAUUUAAUUCAUCCAGAAAGUCAGGAACCCAACAUUCCACGCUAUGUAGAACGUGAAGGGGAGAAUGCAAAUCUUAAAAGAGCUCGAUUAACGUAUCAAUCACGUAAACGUGGAAUGUUGGAAAAUGGUCUACUUCUUAGUACAUUUGCAAACAAGUAUUUGAAUACAUUUAAUGAUAAACAAUUAAGUCUAUAUGAUCAACUUAUCAACUUACCAACCAAUGAUUGGGAUAUAUUCUAUUGGGCGACUGGUGUUAAACCAACUCCAUCUGAAUUUGAUAAUGAAGUGAUGGACUUAUUGAAAAAGCAUAUUCAGAAUGAAGAUCGACAAGCUAGAAUAAUGCAACCAGAUUUAUAGAUAAUAUAUAUUACAUAUCAAAUACAGUAUCAAGAAAAUAUAGUAGUAUAAA